AUGAUCUUUUGUUUUGUCGUAGGUAACAACGUUGAUACCUCUUUCGAGGUUACAGAAGACGAAAAAACUACCGUUUUGAGAUUCAAGGAAAUAAUUUUUGGAAAAAAUCAAAAAUGUUUUGGUGAUAUUGAUGCAAAUAAGUUGCGUCUUUGGAGAGUUGAUAUUCCUUGGAAAAAUGUGAUUCCUGAUGAGUCAGAUGAAGGUCGUAACAAACUUAUGAUUAUAUCUUCUGAAAGAUUAGGUCGUAUUACUAGAUUUGUAGAAAAUAGCAAAAUUAGCAUUUUACGCAGUCCUCCGUCAUCAGAAAAGAGCGCUCUUAGACAAUAUCUCCGAGAAUAUUUCAAUAAUCACAAUUAUGAUAAUAUAUAUAUUAGCCUCGCUAGCAUAAAUGGUACACAAACAUUAAAUGAUGAAAGUCUCUUUGAAAGUAAAGUGAAGCAACUUAUGUCUAAUUCUGGAAACCAAAAUCUUAAGAUACUUUUUUUCAGUACAUACCACCCAAUACUUUCAGAUCAGCUUACACCCGUACAAUUUAAAUAUGCUUUUAGUUUAAAUAAUCUAUUUUUAAACCGAGAAGAGUUGCAACAGCUUGCAGCGAACUAUGUUCAGCAUCAUAUUAUUUUGGGUAGUCUGCUCUUUAAUAUUACUGAAGAUAUUCAGGAAGCUAUUUUUAAUUUUACUGGCGGACACCCUGAGAAAAUACUUCAGUAUCUUGCUUCAUCAGAAUUACGAAAUGGUAUAACAUCAAGUACACGUGCUUUUCACUGGAUUCUUGACUGGAUCCUAAGCAAUGAAGAGAUUAAAUUUAUUCAUUUUGUACUACUAAUAAGCCAUAGUAGACCUUUAUCCGUUGAUUAUGAUUCAAAUCCAGUUGCUAGGAGACAACCUGCUAUCACCUUUGAAGAAUUUUUGGAAAAAUCUAUUCAUUGUAUGAGUCUAUCGAAAUUAUCUGAAUCACUUGAAAGAGGAAAAUUAUCUAGUCCUUUAUACGAGAGAAGCUGA